AUGUUUACUAUAAUUAUUCCCUUUUUAUUUUUUCUUGGUCAAUCUGUUUAUUCUCUAUCAGGCGGUCAAUGGUCAAUUCUAGCGUCAUCUCCCCAUUCUAGUAAUAAUUGGAUACAAGAACAACAAAGGCCCCAAGAAACAUCAAAAUGUUUAAAUAUUUCAGAAAGAUUUACUUUAUGUCAUGGAAUGCAAUAUAAAACAAUGAGAUUGCCAAAUUUACUUGAACACGAAACUAUGGAAGAAGCAAUUCAACAAAGUUCAGCAUGGAUUUCAUUGCUUCGAUUACAUUGUCACCCACAUACUAAAUUAUUUCUUUGUUCACUUUUUGCACCUAUUUGUCUUCCUCAAAUUGAAAAACCUAUUCAUCCUUGUGAAUCACUCUGUAAUGCUGUUAGGGAAGGUUGUGCAACAAGAAUGGAGAAAUACGGCUUUCCCUGGCCAGAAAUGCUUAAUUGUAGUCAAUUUCCUUCUGAUAAUGAUUUAUGUAUUAAACCUCCCUCCUCUAUUACACCUACAACAGAUGAAGAAGAAGAAAGAAAAAGAAAAUAUCCACCGCCAUUACUUGCUAAUGUUAAAGUCCUCAAAGUCAGAAUUCGCCCAAUAAAUUCAACAUAUAUGGCUAUUAUUAAAAGAAUGCGAAUAUUUAAAUCCUCAACUUCUUCCGCUUCUGGUUCUAUUGGUGAAAAAUCUACAAGAGAUCCAAUUGAAGAUAAACAUAUUUUAAUUAAAUUAUCAGAACAUGGAGAAACUCGUUGUUAUUGUCCUUUUGCAGAAGUAAAUACAAGUUCUUUACAAGGUGAAGCAAAAGAGAGACAAUUAACUUUUUUGGUUAUGGCUAGCGAAAAAAGAAGAAAUGGAGAAUUAUUAAAUGCUAAAUUAAUUGUCCCUUGGAGACAAGAAAAGAGCUUCAAACAAGCAAUAAGGCGAUUUAAAAAAUUAAAUUGCAAUACACUUGGAAGGGAAAUUCGAGAAAGUGUACUUAAUCAAAUGUUUAGAAGAAAAGUUGGUAGAGGAAGGAAUUGA